AUGUUUAAAAAUAUCUUUCGUCCGCGUAAAUUCAAUAAAGAAAACGAAGAACUAUUUUUGGAACAUACGAAAUCUAAUACCCCAAUUUCUCAAAAUCUACGUGAAGAAAAAGACGAACAUCUCAAAGAUGAAAAUUAUUCAAACGAAAGAGUAAGCCCAGCGGAUCUCUGCCGAAUUUCAGCUGCUAACACCUUUUCACCAUAUGAUAUUGUUACACGUGGUCGAUAUCAACGUAAUGCCUAUUCAUGCUAUGAAGAUUCAGCAAGGCGUGAUAGUUAUCAUGAACGACAUUCGCAUAUCAAUCGAUUUCUUACUGCUAAUGCUGUUCAAAUACCGAAGCGUUUUGAACAAACCAUUUCACGCGGAAGCUAUUUGAGCCCUGAAUACGAGAAUUAUGCAACAUCAACGAGAAGAUUGUCAAGAGAUUUAGAUGAUUCUGAAGCAGAGUCCUUCAACUCUGAGCGUAUAAUAAAAGAAUUACGUGCUGAACUGCGUGCAUCAAAUGAUCGCAAAAAUUAUUAUAAAGAUUUAUAUAAACGUGAAAGACGUGAUCGCAUAAAGGAUCGUGAAUUACGCGACAUGAUUGAAAAGCGAUUAAUGGAGGAUUUAAGAACUCGCGAGAUUGAAUGCAACAAUUAUAUUCUGCACAUAAAAUCUCUUGAACAGGAACUUCAACUGCAUGCUGGUUAUUCUCGUUAUUUGAGAGAUAAUGAAGUAUUUCGUGUGCCACAUUUUUGUACGCCAUCAACAUCCAAUACAACAUCAACUUUAGCAGGCGCUGGUGAAGCUUUAUCCAGUACUUCUGAAUUAUUUCACUCCAAUAAAAAUCGGAUAUUCAUGCAAAGCACGAAUGAUCUACCAGAUGAAACAAAAGUUUUCCGUCAACUUGAUGAAAUAAUUUCUAUUGAAUGCCCCCGCGACGUUUCGCAUGAAUCGUCCUCAGAACAUCCAGAAAAUCUAGAAGUUCCAAAUGAAACAAUGCUUGAGGAUGAUAAACAGUCUGAUCAUGGUUAUGGAACUACAUCUGAAUGUGCUUCGGAAGUUCGAAAUAUUCGUCGAGUUCAUAGUGAUUCUGAUAUUGUUGUUUCACCUAAAAGAUUCAUGUGUUCUACGUCCAGAAAAUAG